UGGCGCGACGGGAAACUGCGCCCAGUUAGUGAGUAUUCAUUGGUUACCUUAACAACCGGGAGCGGGAGUCGGUUGGAGAUGGGUCCGAAGAAACCCCAGCCUCCUCGCGGGGGGGCCUGUGCCUUUUCGCUGCCUCCUCUUAACACACAGCCGGCCCGCAGCCGCCCCCCGGGCAUGCGCGGCCCUCUGGGCAAGCUGUUCCAGGCCAAAGAAGACUCGGAACCUCCGCAGGCUUCUUCUAGCCAUAAGAAGACAAGCGUGGCAUCAUCUUCCCAGCCAAAAAGAGUGAGUCCUAAGCUGGAGCUUAGUCCACAGCAGAUACAGGAGCUACGCCAAGCUUUUGAUCUCUUCGAUACUAAUUCAACUGGGACCAUUGAUGUUAGAGAGCUCAAGGUGGUGAUGAGAGCAAUGGGCUUUGAACCAAAGAAAGAAGAGAUUAUGAAGAUGAUAAGUGAAAUCGAUCCAGAAGGUACAGGGAAAAUGAAUUUCAAUGACUUCUUGACUGUGAUGACUCAAAAAAUGUGCGAGAAAGAUUCCAAAGAAGACAUCCUGAAAGCUUUCAAGCUCUUCGAUGAUGAUGAAACUGGGACCAUAUCAUUUGACAAUCUCAAACGUGUAUCCAAGGAGUUGGGUGAGGACAUCACUGAUGAGGAGCUUCAGGAAAUGAUCGAUAAAGCUGAUCGAGAUGGAGACGGGGAAGUCAAUGAGGAAGAUUUCCUGCAUGUCAUGAAAAAGACCAGCCAUCGUUAAGAGUAUUCUCUCUUGUUGCAAGCACACACAACUAGUUUUAGUGCCUGUUAUUGUGUGAAACCUGGUUUUUGAGAACACAAGUGUUUUUCCCCCACUAACCUCCCUAUAUACCUUUAGUAACAACCUCACAUCCAUUUUCAACUUUUGUAAGUGUUUUUUGACAAUAUAGUUCUUUGUGAGGUGACCUGCUGCUUUCUUUAAUUCUUCAAAACAGAACAAGAGCACAUUAGAGCAUUUACCCACUUGCCAUUCUACCUUGUAUUGCUUCACUCUUGUCAUGCAGUCCCACAUUUAUGCCACCAUAGAAAGACUUCUCAGACAAACACAUGUUGUAACUUUGUCACCAUAAACAGCAGGCAUCUCUACAAUGGUUCUGGUUUUAAUUGACACCUAAGUGCAGCUUUCUCUUUUAAAAAAUACAGUGAACUCUCUCACUUGCAUUUGGAUGUCUUUUUCCUGUUUGUUUUGUCUUAAAAUAAAGCCUUUCUUAGUUUGAG